UAAAUCGCACUAAAUACACGCUUUUUUUUCUUGUGUCGAUGCGAACGAUAUGUAUUGGUUAUCUGCAGUGUUGUGCUAAGCUUAUUUACUACAUCCGUUUCCUAAUGUAGAAGCAUUAUUUGUGUAUGUUUUGUGUUUCAGUGAGGUAUAAAUAUAUAAUUAUUAGUGAUUUGACGGCGUGUACUUGAAGUUUUAUGCGAUGUCAAAACGUAGAAUUGAAGUCGUUGACCCCUACGUGAAAAGAAAAUUGGUUGACAAUGAUAAGGACAAAGAUAAGAACAAAGACAGGGAGAAGGAGGACCGGAAGCUGAUGUCCGGCAUCCCGCUGGCUGCCUACCCCAAGCCGAACAUGCAAGUGAACCCCUUCACGAUGCUGCCCUACACGCCACGGUACCAGGACUUCCUGCGCAAGAGGAUCACGCUGCCCGUGUGGGAGUACCGCGCCCAGUUCAUGAAGCUGCUGGAGGACCACCAGUCCAUCGUGCUGGUGGGCGAGACGGGCUCGGGCAAGACCACGCAGAUCCCGCAGUGGUGCGUGGAGUACUCCCGCUCCAAGGGCAAGAAGGGCGUGGCGUGCACGCAGCCGCGCAGGGUGGCAGCCAUGUCGGUGGCCCAGCGCGUGUCCGAGGAGAUGGACGUGUGCCUGGGGCAGGAGGUCGGCUACAGCAUCCGCUUCGAAGACUGCUCCUCCGCCAAGACACUGCUCAAGUACAUGACGGACGGCAUGCUGCUGCGGGAGGGCAUGUCCGACCCCAUGCUGGAGAACUACCAGGUGAUCCUGCUGGACGAGGCCCACGAGCGCACGCUGGCCACGGACAUCCUCAUGGGCGUGCUCAAGGAGGUCAUCAAGCAGCGCACCGACCUCAAGCUCGUCAUCAUGUCCGCCACCCUCGACGCCGGCAAGUUCCAGCAAUACUUCGACAACGCGCCGCUCAUGAACGUGCCGGGCAGAACACACCCGGUGGAGAUCUUCUACACGCCGGAGCCGGAGCGGGACUACCUGGAGGCCGCCAUACGCACGGUCAUCCAGAUACACAUGUGCGAGGAGAUCAUGGGCGACGUGCUGCUGUUCCUCACCGGCCAGGAGGAAAUCGAGGAAGCCUGCAAGCGCAUCAAGAGGGAAAUAGACAACCUGGGCCCGGAAGUGGGUGAGCUGAAGUGCAUCCCCCUGUACUCGACGCUGCCGCCCAACUUGCAGCAGAGGAUCUUCGAGCCAGCGCCUCCCAACAAACCGAACGGAGCCGUCGGUCGCAAAGUGGUCGUGUCCACCAACAUUGCGGAAACCUCCUUGACAAUCGAUGGCGUGGUGUUUGUGAUCGACCCAGGGUUCGCGAAGCAGAAGGUGUACAACCCGCGCAUCCGCGUGGAGUCGCUGCUGGUGUCGCCCAUCAGCAAGGCGUCGGCCCAGCAGCGGGCGGGGCGGGCGGGACGUACCAAGCCGGGCAAGUGCUUCCGGCUGUACACGGAGAAGGCGUUCCGCCAGGAGAUGCAGGACAACACGUACCCCGAGAUCCUGCGCUCCAACCUGGGCUCCGUGGUGCUGCAGCUCAAGAAGCUGGGCAUAGACGACCUGGUGCACUUCGACUUCAUGGACCCCCCGGCACCCGAGACGCUGAUGCGGGCGCUGGAGCUGCUGAACUACCUGGCGGCACUGGACGACGAUGGGAACCUCACCGAUCUCGGGGCCAUCAUGGCAGAGUUCCCUCUCGACCCACAGCUGGCCAAGAUGCUUAUAGCCAGCUGCAGCCACAACUGCUCCAACGAGAUCCUCUCCAUCACCGCCAUGCUGUCAGUCCCGCAGUGCUUUGUGCGGCCCAACGAGGCCAAGAAGGCAGCAGACGAUGCCAAGAUGAGGUUUGCACACAUCGAUGGUGACCACCUCACCUUGCUCAACGUCUACCACGCCUUCAAGCAAAACGCGGAAGACCCACAGUGGUGUUACGACAACUUCGUGAACUACCGCUCCCUGAAGUCGGGCGAUAACGUGAGGCAGCAGCUGUCUCGAAUCAUGGACCGCUUCAACCUGAGGAGGACGUCGACGGAGUUCACCUCCAAGGACUAUUACAUAAACAUUCGCAAAGCACUCGUCACUGGGUUUUUCAUGCAGGUGGCGCACCUGGAGAGGACGGGGCACUACCUCACCAUCAAGGACAACCAGGUGGUGCAACUGCACCCCUCGACGUGUCUCGACCACAAGCCCGAGUGGGUCGUUUACAACGAGUUUGUGCUCACCACCAAGAACUACAUUCGCACCGUCACCGACAUAAAGCCGGAGUGGCUGCUGAAGCUGUCGCCGCAGUACUACGACCUGGAGAACUUCCCGCAGUGCGAGGCCAAGAGACAGCUGGAGCUGCUGCAGGCCAAGAUGGAGACCCGGCAGUACCAGGAGGGCUUCUGAGCGCUCGCCCGCCGAUCACCGAUCGUGUUGUCCCUGUCUGUACCCAGCAGUGUCGCGAUGGUGCACACACUCUCUCUCGCCCUCACUUCGGCCCAUUUUUUAUUGGACGCAAACAAAAAAAUGUGGCUUGCAUUCUAGCAGUGGCUUUCCAGUUGGCAAUUGCAGAUGUGUGUUUUCUGACUCUGAAGUCAUGUAGGAAAAAAAUUCUUAUUUAUUAUGCCCGAUAGAAUGUUCAACAACAUGUCAAAUGUUUUAUUGUCAUCAGAUGAUUUUCAUACUCAAACUCGAAUGCUGUAUGAUUGUGGCAUUUAUGCGAUGUCUUGGCGAUGAAUCUGUUUUACAUAAAAUGUGCAUUUGCAUUAAAUUUGAAUGAACGAUCACAAAUUUAGUGUAAGACUGUUACUUAACUGUGAAUGUUGUAUCUUUGCAGUAAAACAAUUCCAUUUACUGACUUAACUGGUUUUUAUAUUCUUUUAAAAUUUUUAAUAAAAUAUUUGUUUAAUUUACUGGAAGUAAUAAAGCAGUAAUAUAGUUAUUUCGGCUACUUUUAAGAAAAACAUUGGACUUGCUGUGAUUUCACUUUUUUUAAGUUAAAAAUGUUAUAGUAGUAAAUUUUAUUUUAUUUAUUUUUAGCAGUUCUCUUAAUUACAUUGGACUCCCUUUAACAAAGCAUUUUUUUGUUACGUAUUCUUUAAUCUGACAGCCAUAGAGCCACUAAGUUGAUAUUUUUUAGUGGGGUAUGGUCAAUAUAAAACCCAUCAAAAAUUGAAGAAUUAACUUGAUAAAAUAACUUGCAAAAUAAAUGAAGGUAUAUUGGCUUGCUAAAAACAUAUAAUUUUAAAGGCUAUAUAGUCGGUAUCCUAUAUUUAUAUGCCUUAGUAUGAUAAAUUAAUUAAAUAUAAAAAUUAAUUUGUUUAAAAGCUGUAGUCUCUGUUUAGAAAGGUUGUAUUACAAUUGAUGUGCCAUCGCCUGCUAGAGAAGGUCUAUGUGCGACAUCGCCCAUCUCUUCCCUCGAGUGAACAGAUGACCUGGCUGGCUGCAGUCUCUGCUAGCACGAGGCAUACGAGCCAUGCCCUGACUGCAUUGCCGCUCGGCUUGGUGUAACAUACGCCUGUGGAGGUGUCUACUUGUUCCUAUGCUUCUAUUGUGUCUAUAUAAACAAUUUGUUUAUUUUCAUAAAAAAAAUUUUAACUUUGCAUUAAGGUACCAUAGUAAAUGGACAGUGCAUUUGUAUCACUUAAAAAUUAACGCCUUAGGUUUUUUUUUUUUUUUCAAGACAUAAAAUAUUCCAGGUUUUUUUUUAUUAUGUUUCUUGCCAUAUGAAAAGAUUGAUUUAAAAAAAUUUUGUAGACAAAUGCCAUUGCUGGUUACUUUACAUCAUAAAAUCAACCUUAAAAAUAGGAAACAAAAAUGAAUGUAGAAACGUACAGAAGAAAACAUAAUCAGUCAAUGUGAAAAGUGUAAUGCAUAGACAGCACAGAGAAUUCAGUAGAAGAAAUUAGCCAGCUAAAUAAUUCAUUACAGAUGAACACACUGGGUUGACAAUGACGACAAUGAUGUUUUAAUUUAAUAAUUUUUUUGGCUAAUAACAUUGUUCUUGCUGACAAUAGCUAGAGAGAGCUGAGGAUACUGGCAACCAUAUGUAAACAAAGCAACAGUAGGUUGCUUCAGAUCUAGGGGUGGGGGGGGACAUAAUCACCCGACCAAGUAGUGGCUCUACUGGUGGUUGUGUUACGGGGCGUGGAGCUGUCUGCUGCUAACAUUACGGCUGGCGGCAGCCAUCUUGGUUCAUAGUUUAGAAGCUAGGGAGCGUGGUUGUGGAGCGCAAGUGUUAUUUUUAAUAAUAAACAUUUGUAACACGCGACCACGAACCGAGCCAGGAAUUUGAAUCGACAGACGGAGACAUAGCCACUAGACAAGUGGAUGUUGGGAGAGGGAACUAAAUAAGGAAUAUAUACUUGGUUGGAGGCGCCAAAUUUGACUGUCGUUUGCUAGGGACCGCCAUAUUGUGUACUGGUGGCGCAUAGUUUAAAAAAAUCUAAAAUACUGUCAUCUGCUGUAGGCCGCCAUCUUGUGUAGCGGUGGCAGAUUCAAACACCAGAGGAUGCCAACGACUUAAAAAAAGUAAUAUACAGUAAAACUCAUGUAAGACUUUCCUGCAUAAUAAGUUAUCGCGCUUAUUAAGUUCACAAAAUUAUUCACUUAAUCACUUACAUAUAUCCCUACAUGUUAAUUUUUCGCAUUAAUAACAUUUGCGUUAAUAGAUGUGUCCCGCAUAUAACGUUCAGCAUUUGUGGGGGGGAAUGUUUAUCUUUAAACUUUUAAAUUUUAUUUAUUGUUCAUUUUUAAAAUUUUUGUAUUUCCAAUCAAUAACAAAAUAAUAUGUACUGCACAUGACUUAUAACCUUUGCCGCACACCACACGCUGUUACAAGUGAAUUUUUUGACCACUCAUUUGCUUGUAUUUGUAUAGACAGAGAGGCUGUUGGUUCCAUUUUCCCUGUUCGAGUUGUACCAAGUGAUGAAUAUACAGCCAACCAAAUUGCCACCAGUCAGCAAAAAUACUAGGGAUGCCGCCAAAUACUUUGAACGGAAUCAUGAUGAAGGGGACCUUUUGGCUACUAGUGUUUCAUCAAUGUGUAUAAAAAUGAAGGUUGGUAUACACAAAAUGUUCGAGAUACUGAGGAAGAGCUUGUGGGAACAGGACAAUUUUGUGAUGCGUCAGGCUGAAACUGUGUUUAAACUAAUAAUUCUGACCCAGUAUAUUUCCAAUCAGUAAAUGUAAGAUUUUUUCCAGUGUUGUUUUGAUAAGUUUUUGUAUUGUGGUUUUUGAAUUAAAUUCAUUUUAAAUGAUCCAA